AUGAGAAGACCCCGGCGGGAUUCGACUUUCAAUCAGCCGGUAUUCCCAAGUGCGACUGCCGGUCUUAAUUCCUACUCAUCAGGAACGGGGAUCAACAGCGAGCUUCAGGAACUCACUGAACGGGGUUCUCCUGCCCCAAAACCCGGAAAUGUCAAACUUCAGCCUCCUCGGAGAAUUCAGAACGUGAGUCAAGGGCUGGACUUGGAAAUACCGCCUUCGUAUUCGGGUUCAAAUUUCCUUUCCGUACCGUCUACAGCCGCUCCCAGUCUCCAACGGAGAAAUACCAUCUCCGCGCCGACAGCUGCCAGCACCACCAACGGAAGACGUAUUCCCGACAUUGACUACCGCAUGGAACUAGACAGACAGGUAAGAGAGAAGCAAAUUCGACAGCAACAGGAGAAACAAAGAUACGAACCUAGUUUUUAUGAACAAAACGCUCGAAGAGGGAACCUCGGCCCGCAAAACGAACGAGUUUUUCUGGAUAACGACAAGCCCGCCCAGUUUUGGUUCGAACAGAAGUCCAGACGGAGGGCUCAUGUCUCGAUGAGAGCCGACGAGCUUCCCGAUCCCAAGCAAGUGCGAGCGGAGCUGGAAAGAGAUCUUCAAGAGCAAAUCAUGCGUAAGAAGCAGUUGGAGCUGGAUCAGAAGAAGAAGGAAAAAGAAGAGGAAGAGAAGGAGAUAGCUCGAAUGAGACAGCAACAGGAGAAGAUGACCAAAGCGUUCGAAGAGGAGCAGAUGAAGAAGCAGAUGAAAGAGAGGAAGCGCCUAGAAAGAGCGGAUGCACUGGCUCGGCGUCAGGAAGUUCUGUUAAACCAAGACAAGAUGAAACAGCAAGGAGGGGGAGACGUGGUCACGAUCCCACCGAUGCCAGAUUUUUCCACUGCGAUUUCUACGACUAGACCCACCCCCUCUCCUCUGGAUCAGGUCGAUGGAGGUGGCACAGGAGGUGCGUCAGCAAUGAUGUUCCCACCUUCAACGGCCUUCGGUGGGAUCAAAAACUUCUCCCAAGUCCCGGGGAUGGGUGGAGGGUUGAGUGAUGCACGGAUGAACCUGGCCACCAUGCCCAGCUCAGACAUGGCUUUUCUUGAUAGCAACACUGUUCAAUUAGGGGCGCAAUUGGAUCCUGCACUCUUGAAUGACUAUCAUGGUCCCAUCGAUCCUGCAUUUGCCGAUUUCACCAAUAAUGAUCCCUUAUGGAACACUGGGCUGAACACGGGCCUUCUGGAACACCGAAUGGAUAUGGGUGACCCUCAAUUCCAAUUGCCCUCAAUUCAAGUCUCUCCUAUGUAUUGAAGACGGAUUCCAAAAGGAAUGACCACCCGGUUUCUUCGAUUCCACGUUUCAUCCCCAAAGGAACAUGACUUUUCUGUCCUUUUAACACCAGUAUUUGAAUAGCACGAUUUAGGGUACACAAGAACCAGUCCAUUUAGAGGCAUCGAAAGGCGGAUACCAGUACAUGGAAUUGUACACUGUACCUCUCUUGUACGCCAUACUGGUACAGCAUACAAAUGAGAUACGGCGAAC